AUGCACAUUGAACAACUCACUGUUAGAGCAUCUAGCUACAAGCGUGAAGGAGACCUGAAGGAUCACCUGGUGAUUCACAACGGACAGAAGCCCUUCAGCUGCCAGCAGUGCGUCAGGAGCUUCACACGCAAGGGAAACCUGAAGAAACACAUCAUCGUUCACUUCGGAGAGCGGCCCUUCACCUGCCAGCAGUGCGAGAAUAACCUCAGACACCAGGGGAACCUCACCAGUCACAUGAAGAUUCACACCGGAGAGAAAUCACAGCGCAAUUACAGGAAACUCAUGCAGGUGUGCAAUUACAAAAAGCCGGUGCUGUGUCCCGCCGGAGACAUGCCCUUCAGAUGUGAGCCAUGCGGCCAGAGAUUCAUUCUGUCCUCACACCUGAAGAGACACCAGAAGUGGCGCUCGCAUUAG